AUGGAAAUAAGCUUCAGUCAAAAUUUCUACUAUGCUGGAUUGGCGUUGACUUCCUCGACCUUCGCCGGCACCAUGAACAAUCUGAUACCCAUCGUCACUUUCUUGCUCGCCUACUUGCUCAAAUUGGAGCGAGUAAGAAUAAAGGUAUGGGUUGGACAAGCUAAGAUCCUCGGCACACUUUUUGGUGUUGGUGGAGCAAUGCUGAUGACAUUCUACGAGAACACUACACGCCAAAGUCAAGAGGAUUCACAUGUACAACAACUACUUCAUCUGGAUCAUUUUCCUUUGGUCAAACUUGUUGGCAAAAGCCAUGGAAGCUUCCUCUUUGGAGCACUUCUUACCAUCAUAGGCUCUUGGUCCAUGUCCUUCUUCAUGAUCUAUCAGGCAUGGAUCGUGCGAGAAUACCCUUCUCAGCUCACCCUUUCUGCCAUGGUCAGCUUCAUGGGUUGCCUCCAGUGUGCCCUAGUUUCUCUCCUCCUUGAGAACCCUUCAGCUUUGGUCAUACAAUGGGACAUGCAGCUUCUCCUCAUAGCUUACAGUGAAAGAGGCCCAGUCUUUAUCACCAUGUUUAGUCUUUUGUCAUCAGUGGUUGUGGCCAUCAUGGAGCCCUUGCUGCUCCAUGCGCAACUCACUUGGGGCAGUGUAUCGGGCAUGGCUAUAAUCAUUGCUGGUCUCUACCUAUACCUGUGGGCCAAAGCUCAAGACUGCAACCCUUCCACGGAUCAGCCUCAACUCACUGAUGAGGAAGAAGGCAACCAGGCACCUCUGCUAGCUCAUACUAAUUCCUAG